CGUGCAACGCAGCCGCGCAGACGCAGUCAGCGGUUUGAAAAUCCGGCCUAAAUAAUCCAUAUAUGCAUACAUAUAUGUACAUAUUUUGAAAACAUCAUCAAAUUCAACCAAUCCAAAGGAUCCCGUGAUUUGUGAUCGAUGUGCCAAAGUGCCAGGCUACGUGGGCUGAGAAUCGCAAUUGGCCUACGAAGAGCACAAGGAUAGCACAACAAGGAUAAGGAAAGGACAUUCAAUAUAAAUAUAAAUAAUUACUUUAAAGGCAAGGAAGCAAAGGAUUCUCUACAACAGUGUUGUGAACAAGUUGAAAAGCAGAGAUUCUUGUUCAAAGAACCACACAUUUAAUGGUUAAAAAGCUAUAAAGAACGCACUUCUUAUAACGUAUAUAGAAAAUCGGGAAAGCACAAAAGCACUGGAGCAAAGCAGCAUUGAAACUGAGCAGCUUACUGAAAAUCGGGACAUAUCAGAGCCCCGCCAUGCACAAAAGAAAGAAACCCUAGACUUUAGAGAGUGGAAAGAAGCAGAUAGCAUCGCCAACACUAAACCAAGAAAGUAGUGGUUAUAUACCUGAAACUGGCUUAAACUAAGGAUAAUCCCACAGAGAACUUAAGUAGACAUCCGUCCGUCAACAUGGUGCUCAAUCUGCUGUUCAUAACCACUGUGAUCAAGUCCACAUUUGGCGUGGUGACCACGGGACUCUGGCUAAUCCCACUGAUGCUGGCCGCCAUCACAUACUAUCGCUAUGAUGCCGUGGAUCCCGAGUCGAGGCCCCUAGAUCAACUGAAUCUGUAUCCAGAGUACGAUUUCAUAGUGGUGGGCAGUGGUUCGGCCGGAGCUGUGGUCGCGAAUCGGUUGAGCGAGGUGAGGAAAUGGAAAGUACUGCUGAUCGAAGCCGGUCCAGAUGAAAACGAGAUCUCUGAUGUACCAUCGCUGGCGGCCUAUUUGCAAUUGAGCAAACUGGAUUGGGCCUACAAGACGGAGCCCUCGACCAAGGCGUGUUUGGGAAUGCAGAACAAUCGUUGCAAUUGGCCAAGAGGACGAGUUUUGGGCGGCAGUUCGGUGCUCAACUAUAUGCUCUAUGUGCGUGGCAAUCGCCAUGAUUACGAUCACUGGGCAUCGUUGGGCAAUCCAGGCUGGGAUUACGACCAUGUGCUGCGUUACUUCAAGAAAUCGGAGGAUAAUCGUAAUCCCUAUUUGGCCAACAACAAGUAUCAUGGUCGCGGAGGUCUGCUAACGGUUCAGGAAUCACCGUGGCAUUCCCCUUUGGUUGCCGCCUUUGUGGAGGCCGGCACUCAGUUGGGCUAUGAUAAUCGUGACAUUAAUGGCGCCAAACAGGCGGGCUUUAUGAUUGCCCAAGGAACGAUACGUCGUGGUUCGAGAUGUUCCACCGCCAAGGCAUUUCUGCGACCCAUACGUGCGCGAAAGAAUUUUCAUCUGUCGAUGAACUCCCAUGUGACCAGGAUCAUCAUCGAACCGGGAACCAUGAGGGCACAGGCCGUGGAGUUCGUGAAACAUGGCAAAGUGUAUAGGAUAGCGGCCAGGAGGGAGGUUAUCCUCUCAGCUGGUGCCAUCAAUACACCGCAGCUAAUGAUGCUAUCUGGAUUGGGACCACGAAAACAUCUGGAAAAGCAUGGCAUUCGAGUGUUGCAAGAUCUGCCCGUUGGCGAGAAUAUGCAGGAUCAUGUGGGAAUGGGCGGACUCACUUUUCUGGUGGAUAAGCCCGUGGCUAUUGUCCAGGAUCGUUUCAAUCCCACAGCCGUCACCUUUCAGUAUGUGUUGCGUGAACGAGGACCGAUGACCACAUUGGGUGGAGUCGAGGGUCUGGCCUUUGUGCACACACCAUACUCAAACCGCAGUCUCGACUGGCCGGAUAUUCAAUUUCAUAUGGCACCGGCUUCCAUUAACUCAGAUAAUGGAGCCAGAGUAAAGAAGGUGUUGGGCCUGAAGGAAUCUGUGUACCAAGAGGUUUACCAUCCAAUAGCCAACAAGGAUAGUUGGACGAUAAUGCCGCUGCUUUUGAGACCAAGAUCGCGGGGAUCUGUUAAGUUACGAUCGGCGAAUCCCUUUCACUAUCCCCUCAUCAAUGCCAACUACUUUGACGAUCCCUUGGAUGCCAAAACUUUGGUGGAAGGAGCCAAGAUAGCUCUUCGCGUAGCUGAGGCCCAGGUUUUCAAGCAGUUUGGAUCGAGACUGUGGCGCAAGCCGCUGCCCAAUUGCAAACAGCACAAAUUCCUAUCCGAUGCCUAUUUGGAGUGCCAUGUGCGCACCAUUUCGAUGACCAUUUACCAUCCAUGUGGCACUGCGAAGAUGGGACCCGCCUGGGAUCCCGAGGCUGUGGUGGAUCCACGCUUGAGGGUUUAUGGAGUUCGCGGUCUCAGGGUGAUUGAUGCCAGCAUAAUGCCAACGAUUAGUAGUGGGAAUACCAAUGCACCGGUUAUAAUGAUAGCCGAAAAGGGCGCAGAUCUCAUCAAGGAAGAUUGGCUAACAAAUCCCGAGUACAAAGUGAAGCGGCAGGCAAAUAGAGUUAGAGAUCCAGAGCCAGCUGGUAGUAACAUUCAGGGCAUCAUAACAUUGCCCACCAAUAUCAGUCAAAGCGACAGCAGCAACAUCAGUGACAGGAGCAACAUGGAGAUCAACUUCAGCAACAGCAGUCACAUCAGCAACAUCAAUUUCAGCAGCAGCAGCAACAGCAGCAACAUUGAAAGCAGCAGCAACUUCACACUCAACUAUGCGGAUAGUUAGUGACUUCAAGAUGAAGAAUGUAGAGCUCUAGUUAGCUCCAGAUUUUGUGCUCAGGGCUCCAUAGCUUUAACCACUCACAUAAAGUGUGUUUACAACGAGAAAACAACACAAAUUGUUUGCCAUUGCUAAAGUUACAUGCUGAGACAUAAACGCUUUGAGUUCGUUGAUAACUCAAGUGAAACCAGAAUGUGAUCCAAAAAUUCACCGAACAUUCUUUACCUAAAGUCUAAACUGGAACCAGAAGCUAUCUUAUUUAUGGAAACAACCAUACCAUCUUGAACAAAAGUUAUUUACUACUGUAGUUCAUUAUCAUUCGAUGGUCAUCUUGUAAUGAUCAUAAACACUUUACUGCGAAACCAGAAGUUCAAAGCAGCUAAAAAUGGUCGCUUCUUCCUUGUGAAACCAUUUAAAAAUGCUACUCAUAAAAGGUUUAUAUCUGAGAAUCAUA